CUAUAUCGAGAUCUAAAGUCUCGAUACCUCAUACCGAAAGAACAGCGAAUGAACCACGUGACAAUGCAAAGCUUGCAUAAAGUGCUGCUGGAACGUAUAGAGCAAGUCAAUGAUGAUAUUCGGCUGUUCCGGCUCGUCCCAGCUAAUAGUGAGAAAGGACUCAUGAAGUUCCUUGCUGGCCAAUGGCUCGACGUCCACGUCCCUACAAUCCCACAAGCUGGUGGCUUCACAAUAACAUCACCGCCGUCACAUCUCGGGUCCCAAGAACCAUACAUUGAACUUGCGAUCCAAAAGUCACCCUCUAAUCCACCUGCUGCCUGGCUUUGGCGGCCUAGUGAAAGCAUUUUGGGAAGUGAGCUCCAAGUCCGGGUGGGCGGCUCAUUCACAUGGCCUCCAGCAAACUUCCAAGCCAAAGGGAGGAAAUUGAAACGAGCAGUGUUUGUUGCUGGAGGUGUGGGAAUCAACCCGCUGAUGAGCAUGUUAAGCCAGCUAGGCAUCGACCGGGAGGCUAAUGAUGACUUCGAGGUGCAAUUUUUGUACUCAACGAAGGACCCACGGGCCUCCAACCUCUCUCGGAUUUUGUUUCUCGAAAGACUUCAGCAAGCUUUUGAAGCUCUUGGCGAUAGAUCUCAGCUCCAGUUAUUCUUGACACAGAGCAAGGACAAAUCAAUAGACGGCAAAAGCCAAGUGGCAAGAGAAGAGACGCCUAUCCAGAGGAGGAGAAUCCAGGAACAUGAUGUACUGAGGGUCCUGGGCCCGGUUGAUGAGAGGAGUGAUACUGUAUGUUAUAUUUGCGGGGUGCCAGGAAUGACUGAUGCUUUUGUGGAUCUUGUGCAGAAGGCCGAGGGAGUGGAUGAAAGGAAUGUCUUUUGCGAGAAGUGGUGGUGA